ACACACCUUCGAACAUUUCACCCAACCUGACCUGGCGUCGUACCCAACGCCCAACCUGUCAAGUUAGACGUUUACCCCCACACUGUCGAACGUGCGAUCGAGCAGGUUGGGUGUCUUGUCAGUUGUAUUAUGGAUUUCGAGACAAGUGUAGCUGUUUGUGCUGGCGCUUUUUGUCUGAAACGACAAAAGAAGAAAAAAGAUCGACGCUUGUGGUCUAAAAAAUGGUUUUUGGACCGGAGUAAGUUUAGCCAUAUGUCGCUUCUUGCUGAACUUGCCAUUAGUGAGCCUCAAGACUUCAAAAAUUAUCUAAGGAUGAGCGAGGAAAGCUUUGAAUAUCUAUUCGGAAGACUGUGUGAGCACAUAGAAAAAGAAGAUAGCCUUUUGAGAACCUCAAUUCCUGCAAAAGAACGUCUUGCAGCCACUCUCCAGUUUCUAGCCAGUGGUAGGAGCUACGAGAAUCUGAAGUUUAGUUGUGCAAUAUCUCCGCAAGCACUAGGAAAAAUCAUACCAGAAACUUGUGCAGCUAUUUUUGAUGUUCUAAAGGAAGAUUUCUUAAAGUUUCCUUGCAAUGAAUCGGACUGGAUGAACAUAGCUGUGGACUUCAAAAAGUUACUGGCAAGUUGA